AUGUUCCUUGAAUCUGUUGAUGCCUUAAGCUAUUCAAAGACGAGUAACAAUCUAUUUAAUCUGAUAAGUGAUAUUGUUGACAAAGUAGGAGAUAAUAAUGUUGUACAAGUUAUCACAGACAAUGGAAGUACCCUCUUGAUGGAAAAUUAUCCAAACUUGUAUUGGACUCCUUGUGCAGCUCACUGUAUUGAUCUUAUACUUGAAGAUAUUAGACGACUUCCUAUCAUUGAAAGAGUCCUAAAGAGGGUAAUUCAAAUGAAUAGCUUCAUUUAUCAACGCCUUGGUCUUCUAAAUUUGAUGAGACAAUUCACUAACCAGAAGAACUUGUUAAGGCCAGCAAAGACAAGAUUUGCUACUGCAUUUAUUACACUAUCAUCAAUUCACAAGCAGCAGCAUAAUCUAAGAAAAAUGUUUACUUCUCAAGAGUGGAGAAGUAGAAAAUGGGCCAAGAAAUCAGGAGGCAAAAAAGCAGCUGAAACUAUUAUGAUGCCCUCCUUUUGGAAUGGUACAUUGUAUGCAUUAAAGUUAACAGGUCCAUUAGUUCGUGCACUAAGGUUGGUGGAUGGUGAAAAAAAACCUCUCAUGGGCUACAUAUAUGAGGCAAUGGAUCGUGCCAAAGAAGCAAUUUCAGCAUCAUUCAAUCAAAAUGAGUCCAAAUACAAAGAAGUUUUCGAGAUGAUUGAUAAGAGAUGGCAAUGUCAACUACACUGCUCUUUACAUGCUGCUGGACACUUUCUAAACCCUGAAUACUUUUAUGACAAUCCCCAAAUUGAGCAAUGUCAAGAGCUUGUAAAUGGAUUAUAUGAGUGCAUACAAAGUUUGGUCUCUCAACUUGACAAGCAAGACAAGAUUAUGACCGUGCUCACAUUUUACAAGCAAGAAAAUGGUCUAUUUAGAAAUCAAAUGGCUAUAAGGCAUAGGAAAACUAAAGCUCCACAUGAGUGGUGGUCUUGUUAUGGUUCUUCUACACCUACUUUACAACAAUUUUCCAUAAAGAUUUUAAGUCUUACAUGUAGUGCAUCAGGUUGUGAGAGAAAUUGGAGUACCUUUGAACAUAUUCAUUCUAAGAAGAGGAAUCGACUCAGACAAUCUCGUUUAAAUGACUUGGUGUAUGUUAAGUACAAUUGGGCAUUGGUUCAAAAUUACAAGUUGCGUGAUAAGAUUGAUCCCAUAGCUUUGAAAGAUAUUGAUGAUAGUAAUGAGUGGUUAACAGGCAGGAUAGAAGAAGAUGCUGAAAAUGAUCAUGUGUUUGAUGAUGAUGAUGAUCUUACAUGGGGCCAAGUUGCUAGUGCGGCCAAAGUUUAUGAAGAAAGAUUCAGCUUGAGAUCAAGAGGAGGUAGACUUGGAGAAAAUAUUGGUAGUUCAAGCAAAGGAACCACACAAAGUCAGCCAUUAGGACAAGCAAAUGAUGAUGAAGAAGAUGAUGAAGAAGGCUACUUGUCACUUGAAGAUGAUAUGAGAGAUGUUGAUGAUUUUUCUGAGGAAGAUGAUUGA